AUGAGGAAGAACAAUUUAACUGCCCGUUGCCAUGACCACCGCAAUGCUAACAUGUCCGGAGAAGAGAAACAAGAAGCAGAGUUCCUUCAGUGGGACGCGCUGCCAGUGCAACUAAUACAGGAGCUGCAGGAACACAACGCCGAGGAGCUUCUGCAUAAAAUGGAGAAUAUUCUGGGUUUCACAAACCACCAGACCUGUAUCAGAGAGGCUGUCCUCCUUCAGUACUAUUUGUCUGGAUUCUGGUGGGCUAAAGAUACCAAGUUUAGCCCCACACAGAUCUCUUUCACUAUGGCUGUACUCCAUCUACUGCUGGAAAAUCUAAGAGAAAAACAGAUGAGUUCAGUGGAUAAUAUGGUGGUGUUCAUGAAAGCCAUGACUGCUGCCUGCCACUGUGCUUCUUCUGAAGAAGAUGGCACUUCACUUUUGAACAAUGAUGAAGCCAAAGCACUGAUAUGCUAUGUUGCAAAAAGUCUUAUUCUGAAAUACAAACUAUAUGAACUCCUCUUCAUGAAAUCCACAGAGGAGCAUCUGACAGGGAUGGAGAGAACCAUUCAGAGAUUCGGCUGUCAAGAUGCUCAUACCUCACUGGAGGAAAGUAUUUCCACCUACUUCUACUUUAAGUAAAUAAAUUAAAAAUUUCAUUUAACAUAAAUAAA